AUGUCCAGACGGCAAACGAAUACCAAUCGAUCACACAACAGUGGAUCUUUUCCAAGUAGCAAAGUUGUACCAGCACCUAUAAUUGCUCCAAUACAUACAUCGAAUGUUGAUGAUGAAAAACCUAAUCAACCGAAUUAUUUCAAACAAGAAAAACUGGAAGCUGGUGUACAUGCUGCGGAUGCAUAUAACUAUAGAGAAGCAAUCAAACAAUUCUCUUUAAUUAAACCAGAUACAAUAAGUUCACUCUUUCUUGCUGCCUGCGCUCGACUCGAACUUCAACAUCCUUCACAAGCAAAAGAAGCACUAAUUGAUUUAAAUAAAUGUUUUGACUUAUUAUCACAAGAAGAACAAUCGAAACCACCAUUCUUUCUCGAAUUAUGGUACAAACGUGCAUUAGCUUAUCGUUAUAUUGGUAAACACGAAGAUGCCAUUGAAAAUUAUACGGAAUAUAUAGAUCGAUGUAGAUCAUUAGGUGAACGAGAAGAAGAAAAUCUUUGUAAAGGUUUAAUUGCACGAGGAUUGGUUUAUCAAAUUCUUUAUGAACUUGACACUGCCAUGGAAAAUAUACACGAAGCGAAUGUAUUAACAGAGAAUAAAAAUCCUUAUUAUUUAUGUUGUCGAGCAGGUAUUAAUGCGUUAGUAUUUGAAAUCGAUCAAGCUUUAGAAGAUUUAGAAAAAGCCUCGCAAGUAGGCUGCUACAAAAGUGCUGAAGCAUUACUUCAACGAGCUAUUGUUUUGACUGAGUUAAAUCGACAUAAUGCAGCUAUUAAAGAUUUAAAGAAAGCUUUAACACUCACUGAUAAACCAAGCCAACAGUCAGAUAUUUGCUUUCAAUGUGGUGUUAGUUAUUAUGCAUUGAAUGAUAAGGAACAGGCAUUUCAGUGGUUCUAUCACUCUACUAGUUUUCAUCCGUAUAAUGCUCAAGCCUACUAUCGUUUGGGUGUAAUACAACGAGAAAAAGAGCAAUAUACAGACGCUCUAAAAUCAUUAGAUCGUGCACAUGAAUUAUCUCCUCUACAAAGCGACAUUUUGUUCCAACGAGCUCUUGUCUAUGAAUAUCUCAACAAACCUGAUGAUGCUGCUAAGGAUCGAAAACGUGGUUUACAACUUUUUUCAUUAGAUUUCACGAUAAUUACAAUGCUUGGCAAUCGUAUAAAAGCAUUACGAGAAGAAAUGUUACAUACUAAUGUAUCAUCACAUACUCAUCUAGAACUAGCCAUCGCAUAUGAUGGAUUGCUGAAUCGAAAGAAAAAUUUGACAACGAAAAAAAUAUUUUAUAAAGUAGCUAUUGAUGAAUAUCGUGUUGCUAUUGAAACUGAUACGAAACAUUUAUAUCCACACGCACAUGCUCUCAUUGCUCUUUGUCAUCUGAAAAUGAACGAUUUUGUUAAAGCACAUGAAGCACAUUUACAAUUUUAUAAUAUAUUAUCCAAAUACAAAGGUACUGAAUAUCAUUGGAAAGCAUAUCUUUUAGAUGUUAAAGAUAAAAUGGAAUUAGGUAAAACUGAGCCACAUUUAGAUCAAGCUGGUGUUAGUAAACUAAUCCACAUGGAAUUAAAUCGAAGAAAACAGUGUGCCGACCAAGAAACAUUCAAAUACGAUACCGAAGAUCAAUAUAAAAAUCAAUUAUUAUUCUAUGAAAGAUUACGUAUUGAUCUAGCGAAUCUACUUGGAGCUAUAGCUCUACUAAAUCUUGAUCGUGAUAGAAUUAUUGAUAAUAUAGAAAACACAUCAUAUAGAAUUAGCAAAAUUACAGAAUCGAUAAUUGACAAUGACAUAUCUAUUCACGAUAUUGAAUCGAAAUUAGAUAAUAAUAACAAAGUCAAUACAAAAUUGAUUCAAAAAGCUGAUUAUGAUAUGAUUAAAAUGAAAUUAAAACAAAUAGAAAAUAUUGGUGAUAUGAUUGAUCAAUUAGAUGUUGCUCAACUCGUUGCUCGACAUAUAUGUACACGUUAUCGUUCACAACUUCUUUGUCUUAAACCUAAUUAUGACGAUAUUGCCGAUUAUGAGAAUGAUGAAGAACAAUCAUCAGGAUCACCAUGGUGUUGUUGUAGUCGUAGUCGUGUAUUCUCUUCAAAAGCCUCAAAAUUUUCCUAUGACAAGGAUUCUUUCCAGAGGAUAGUUACGUUUGCCAUUGCUUUUAUCAUUGAAACACUGAAUACUGGAACUAUUAGAGUUUCAUCCAAUGGAAAAUCAUCGAGAAAAGAUGCAUUAGCAACAGCGUUAGUUUUAAUUAUAAGUCGUGCACAUUCAAAUCUGGUUUCAUCAUAUCAUGAUAGAAGUACAAAUAUACCUAUCGAUUCAGCAGCAUUCGUUAAAAUGUGGGAGGAUUCACAUCGGAAAAUCGAUGAGAAUACUUUACCUAAAACAUGGAAUUUAUACGAAUUCUUUCGAGCACCUGGUAUCUAUUAUUAUUCUAAUGAUGAUACUGGAAGAGUUUCCUAUUAUGGUGCUGAUAUAUCAAUGAUUACAGAUUUAUACGGAUAUCGACUUGGAACACAAGAGGAAGUUCAAGUUUUGAAAAAACUAAAUCAAAAAAAUAAAUAA